AGGGCGGAGAAUAGAGGGAGAGAGACAUACACAGAAACAGAGAGAGAGCGGUGGAGUUAGUGCAUGCAGGAGUCCGGCAAUAAGUCGGUAUGUAGCAGCGGCGGAGCUUCUAUCUGGGAAUACAAAGAAGCAAAAAAACGCGCAUUGGAUAGAGAACACAAGAAGCGGGAUUAAAAAUAAAACUACACGAGGAUGAGACACACGCCGUCCGCCUGAAGGAGACUUAAAACGCGCCGUUAUUCCUCUGAUUUAUCACCGUUUUCGCGAAAAUGGCGAACGACUCCCCGGCCAAAAGUCUGGUGGACAUAGACCUGGCAUCCCUGAGGGAUCCUGCUGGGAUCUUCGAGUUGGUGGAGGUGGUCGGAAAUGGCACCUAUGGACAAGUCUACAAGGGUCGACAUGUCAAGACGGGACAACUGGCGGCCAUCAAGGUCAUGGACGUCACUGAGGAUGAAGAGGAGGAAAUCAAGCUGGAAAUCAACAUGCUGAAGAAAUACUCUCACCACCGAAACAUAGCUACCUACUACGGAGCCUUCAUCAAGAAGAGUCCACCCGGCCACGACGACCAACUCUGGCUGGUGAUGGAGUUCUGUGGUGCCGGCUCCAUCACAGACCUGGUAAAGAACACCAAAGGGAACACGCUGAAGGAGGACUGGAUCGCCUACAUCUCCCGGGAGAUCCUCAGGGGAUUAGCUCACCUACACGCUCAUCAUGUCAUCCACCGCGACAUCAAGGGACAAAACGUGCUGCUGACUGAAAACGCUGAAGUCAAACUGGUGGACUUUGGUGUGAGCGCUCAGCUGGACCGGACGGUAGGUCGAAGGAACACCUUCAUCGGGACUCCGUACUGGAUGGCUCCGGAGGUCAUCGCCUGUGACGAAAACCCGGACGCAACCUACGACUACAGGAGUGACCUGUGGUCCUGUGGAAUCACAGCCAUAGAAAUGGCUGAAGGGGCUCCACCUCUGUGUGACAUGCAUCCAAUGAGAGCCCUCUUCCUCAUUCCCAGAAACCCUCCUCCUCGACUCAAGUCCAAAAAAUGGUCCAAGAAGUUCUUCAGCUUCAUCGAGGGCUGCCUGGUGAAGAACUACACCCAGCGUCCUCCCACCGAGCAGCUGCUCAAACACCCCUUCAUCCGAGACCAGCCCAACGAGAGGCAGGUCCGCAUCCAGCUCAAAGACCACAUCGACCGAACCAAGAAGAAGAGGGGGGAGAAAGAUGAGACAGAGUAUGAAUACAGCGGCAGCGAGGAAGAGGAGGAGGAAGCGUCUGAGCAAGAAGGAGAGCCGAGCUCCAUAGUCAACGUGCCGGGCGAGUCGACCCUGCGUCGAGACUUCAUCCGGCUGCAGCAGGAGAACAAGGAGCGCUCGGAGGCGCUGCGCCGCCAGCAGCUCCUCCAGGAGCAGCAGCUCCGUGAGCAGGAGGAGUACAAGCGCCAACUACUGGCCGAGAGGCAGAAACGAAUCGAGCAGCAGAAGGAGCAGAGGAGACGGCUGGAGGAGCAACAACGGCGCGAGCGUGAGAUGAGGAGGCAGCAGGAGCGCGAGCAGCGCCGGCGCGAGCAGGAGGAGAAGAGGCGCGUCGAGGAGAUGGAGCGGCGUCGCAAAGAGGAGGAAGAGCGCAGGAGGGCCGAGGAGGAGAAGAGGAGGGCCGACCGAGAACAGGAAUACAUCCGUCGCCAGCUGGAAGAGGAGCAGAGGCACCUGGAGAUCCUGCAGCAGCAGCUCCUCCAUGAACAGGCCAUGCUACUGGAGUAUAAAUGGCGGGAGCUCGAGGAGCAGCGUCAAGCCCAGAAGCUCCAGAGGCAGCUGCAGCAGGAGCAGGCCUACCUGCUGUCGCUUCAGCACAACCAGAACCUGGAUAGUAGCAAAACGGCCCAACAACAGCAGCAGCAGCAGCAGCAGCAGAGCAGCAAACCCCCACAGAACCUCGAGCCCGACAGAGUAAAACCCCUGCAGGCCGCCCCCGAAGCAGAACCGCCACAGAACCCUGACUCUAAGGAGGCACGGUGCAGUCCAGAGUCCAGUCUGGAAAAACCCCCAGAGCCCGACCGCCAAGGCUCCGCCCCUGACUCUGAGCCUGUCAGAGAGGCUGACGAGCGAUAUCGGAAGAACAUCCAGGGUUCUCCUCAGGCGGCUCAGACCAAACCACAGCAGCCUCCGGUGCCGCCGCGCUCCGAGUCUUCAUACCCCAAUGGGAACCCGGCGUCCGAGGCCCAGGCCAUGCACCGGCCUGUGGAGCCACAGGUCCGCUCUCAUCUGGCUGCUUUAAAGAGCAGCAGCAGCGUGGCCUCGUCGUCAAACUCCUCCUCCUCCGCCGUAAACCCCCCCGUCGUGUUGCGGUCGCACUCCUUCAGCGAGCCGCUCGCCCCUAGCUUUGAAAACCUCCACCUUCACAACAGCCACGAAUCCAAACAGCACCACCACCCUCCUCCUCCUCCAUCAUCAUCAUCAACAUCAUCAUCAACACCAUCCUCCUCCUCAUCAACGCCUGCACGCACUGACCCACAACCCCAUCCCCAGCAUAGGCCCUCUCCCCAUGAACCGGCCCCUUCAGAGGAAGUGCCGCCCAGGGUUCCAGUCAGAACUACAUCCAGGUCCCCGGUGUUGUCGAGGCGAGACUCGCCUCAUCACCACGGCAACCAAGCACACAGCAGCCAUGCAGUGCACCGCAACGCUGCCAGCGCAGCAGAGCCUCGUCUGCUGUGGGAACGGGUGGAGAAACUGGUUCCCAGGCCGACCAGUAAUAGCGGCAGCGGAGGCUCCAGUUCCUCCAGCAGCUCCAGUAACUCCAGCUCUCAGCCCGGUUCUCACUGUGGCUCUGGAGAGAGGUUUAGGGCCCGCUCCUCUUCCAAAUCGGAGGGUUCACCCCUCCAGCGGCCAGAGAAUGCUGGGAAAAAACCAGAGGAGAGGAGGGACAUGGUCAGGCAGCCGAGCAAACCAGCGGACCUGACGGCUCUGGCUAAAGAACUGCGUGCGGUGGAUGACGUUCGUCCCCCGAACAAGGUGACGGAUUACUCGUCCUCCAGUGAAGACUCGGACACCACCGAUGAGGAUGAUGACGAAGAAGUGGACCAGGAGGCAGGCGAAGAGUCGACCUCUGGCCCAGAGGACACCAGAGCUGUCUCUUCCAGGCUCAGCAACGGAGAAACGGAGUCGGUGAAAACCAUGAUCGUUCACGAUGAGGGCGAGAGCGACGCCGGCUCGACGCCGUGCAAAGACAGCACGCUGAUUGUCAGACAGAAUAGUCGCUGUAGUGUGCCCUUCGCUCUAGCUAACACCUUCCCUUCUCCUGAGCUCAUCAGGAACACAUCUAGACCCAAAGUUGUCUACCCCUCUUUCUACUUCCAGAGUGCAGGUGACAACAGAAAGCGUCCGGGUCCCGGCUCGGGCCAAACACAGACCCCCGGCCUGCUUGCAGGCUUUGCCCCGAGCCCCGGCUCCCCGUCGGGCCUCGUCCAUCAUACCCCCAGCCCCCACCACCAUCAUCACCACCACCAUCACCCCACCACACCACAGCAGCACUCGGACAGGAACGGCUUUGCCGGUCGCAUCCACCACCUCCCAGACCUGAUCCAGCAGAGCCAUCAUUCCUCCCCCUCCUCCUCCGCAUCCAACUCCCCUUCCUCCUCCAGCCUCGCCAGUCCCUCCAUGUCCCCCCAGAGUCCCCUGGAAAAACUCCUUGCAGAGAGCCAGUCUAGUAACAACAUGCAGAAACACAAGUCUUCUUCCUCCUUCACUCCGUUCAUUGACCCGCGCCUCCUCCAAGUCUCUCCAUCCACCGGCAGCGCCCUCAACAAUGUCGCCCUGCCCUUUGACCUCUUAGGCUACGGGAACGACGCCCGGCUGGCGGAGGCGCUGAGAGCGGACGCGUCUCGGAAGGGCUCCGUGGUCAACGUCAACCCGGUGAACACUCGCCCCCAGAGCGACACGCCGGAGAUCCGCAAAUACAAGAAGAGGUUCAACUCGGAGAUCCUGUGCGCUGCACUCUGGGGAGUUAACCUGUUGGUGGGAACCGAGAGCGGCCUGAUGCUGCUGGAUCGCAGUGGACAGGGGAAAGUUUACCCUCUGAUCAACCGACGGCGCUUCCAGCAGAUGGACGUCCUGGAGGGUCUCAACGUCCUGGUCACUAUAUCAGGUAAGAAGAACAAGCUCCGCGUCUACUACCUGUCCUGGCUGAGGAACAAGAUCCUGCACAACGACCCCGAGGUGGAGAAGAAGCAGGGCUGGACCACCGUGGGAGACCUGGAGGGCUGCGUGCACUACAAAGUCGUGAAAUAUGAAAGGAUCAAAUUCUUGGUCCUGGCUCUGAAGAACUCGGUGGAGGUCUACGCCUGGGCGCCCAAACCCUACCACAAGUUCAUGGCCUUUAAGUCCUUCGGGGACCUGGUGCACAAACCGCUGCUGGUGGACCUGACUGUGGAGGAGGGCCAGAGGUUAAAGGUCAUCUAUGGCUCCUGCUCAGGCUUUCACGCUGUGGACGUUGACUCCGGCGCCGUCUACGACAUCUACCUGCCUACUCACAUCCAGACCAAUAUCCAGUCUCACGCAAUCAUCAUCCUGCCCAACACGGACGGCAUUGAACUUCUGGUGUGCUACGAGGACGAGGGUGUUUACGUCAACACCUACGGCCGCAUCACCAAGGACGUGGUGCUGCAGUGGGGGGAGAUGCCCACCUCAGUGGCCUACAUUCGUUCCAACCAGAUCAUGGGUUGGGGCGAGAAGGCCAUAGAGAUCCGCUCUGUGGAGACCGGCCACCUGGACGGUGUCUUCAUGCACAAGAGAGCCCAGAGACUCAAGUUCCUCUGUGAAAGAAACGACAAGGUGUUUUUCGCCUCCGUACGGUCCGGAGGCUCCAGCCAGGUCUACUUCAUGACUCUGGGCCGAAGCAACCUGCUCAGCUGGUAGAGGUCCACGCCCUGCCCCCUCUCUCUCUCUUCCUUCUCCUCAUCCUCCUCCUCCUCAUCGUCCUCCACCCUCGCUAACACUGGAUCUCAGAACCCACCACUGAUGUCUCGUCAGCGCUCGGAAAAAGACAAACAAAAACGCAACAACCGGCCGGCUUCGCCCCUUCACCCCUCCCCGGAGCAGCUGCCGCCACCUAGUAGCUCUCAGCCAACAGCUCGCGUGCAAACAUAAAUAAAAUCAAUGGUUACUAUAUGAAAGGAAGUAGAAAUACGUUAAAUGUGAAUUCAAGAAAAGAGAGCGAGCGACUUCCUGUUUCCCUCUCGGUUUUUCUUGGUGCUCAUCAGAUCGCGAUGGGAUAGAUUUUGUACCUCUGCUUUGUUUUCCGUGCACCCGGGCUGCUCACUAAGCUUGAGGUCUUCUAAGUACUUGUACUGCUACCUGCCGCUAUUACUACUUCUACUACCUUCUGCAGGUCUGCCUCCUGUAAGGGAGCCCCCCCCCCCCCCCCUUAACCCUUACCCCCCUGUUUUUUUUUUUUUUUUUUUUGUCCCACAAUCCCACCCCUCUCUGCCCUUUCUCAUGAGCGCGGCGGGGGCUGCUGGGGUGUGGGGGGGUGGAGGGGGGGUCAGAGUAUGUCGUAUUAAUGCUACAGUGAUGUGUGUAAAUGUGCAGUACUUUUGUUUGGUCCAAUUACUGCUGCUGACACGCCGGUUAGAAACUAGUUGACGUCAGCCAGGGGUGUAAUUGUAAAUCCCCACUCCCCCCCCCCUCUCUACCCACCCACCCACCCCCCCACCCUGGGAGCCGGAGGGACUCGUGGAGGUGACAAGCAGGCGGAAGGGACCUAACAUGUAAAGGGUUAACGUAAGUCUGGUUAUUGACGGGACUCAACAGGAGUGUGUGUGUGUGUAGUCGAAAGUAUCGUGUUGUUUUCGGACAGGUGCUAAAAAUAAGGGGGCGAGAAAGAGACAGAGACAGAGAUCAGAAUAGUAUUUUUUUGAAUCAUUACUAUUAUUAUUAUUAUUAUUAUUCCUUGAAAAUAAGUGUAACUAUGUGGAUUUAAACAUGUCUUUUACCUUUUUUUGUUUUUUUGUUAAAUUUACACACAUCCACCCACAGUUUGCUUGCUUUGAGAAUCACAGACGUGUGCAGGUGUGUUUGUCUAAGAAGAAGAAGAAGAAGAAAGGGAUGUGGGUGCCAAAAAAAUAAAAUAAAAAGAAAGGUGUCUAUGUACAAUAAAUUUAAUUUAAACUUCCCGGUUAGUGUCAUUUGUCAUGUUUUACACCCGAAACCCCCGGAAAAAAAAAAAAAAACCUGAACAUGACAACCUAUAUUCUCACCUGAUCUGGAGGAACUUGCUGUGAAUGCUCGUGUAAAAUAGUGACGGAGCGGUGAAGCAGAGGAGGUAGUUCAGUGUGUGUGUGCAGCCGGAUGGACGAAGUGUUAAACUGAAUGGGGGGGCAGAGAGGGGAGCGCGCGGGCGGCGGCGCUGGUUUCAGCACAGGAGGCAGGUUUCUAGUUCAUUUUCAUUUCCAUCAUUUACGUACGAAUGCAAUGCACUACGUGUCAAGAAUGUAGAAAGACUUAUUACUGUGUGGUGGUCCAAGGCAUGAGAUGAUGAUUUUUUGUUUUGUUUUAGUUUGUUUUUUGCUUUUUUUUGUUUUUUUGUAUCUUGUCACAAGUGUUCAAUCCUAGAUGUUCGAUUUUUCCGGUUAAAGUGAUAGAAAGCUGCAGCGGCACAGCCUCUCCAACGUCAGGUGUAGAUAUCUUUUGAUUCCGUUACUUUGAGAAUCUGUGCAGACGCGAGCGCCCCGACGAUCGAGGACCUCGUUUAAUCCAACGCGCAGCGAGCAGACUCUGGAUUUGAGCGUCUCGGGACAGAGCAGAGCCUUUUUUUUCCCCUUCACUUUCACUCGGCUGUUUGUGAAGAAGACGUGAAACCAGAUUUAAUUUUAUAUCUUUCCCACCCACAUACCCACCACUGCUCCUGCUCCUGCUCCAGCUUUUAUUCAAAUCGUCCGUAUGUGUGAAAGUCUCACACAUGCCUCCAGCAUUGAUCUCCGUUUUGGGCUAAGCUGGAUUUUCCACAUCAACUCUCAAAGAUUGCACCAUUCAAUCCACAAAAAAAAAAAGAGAAAAAAAAGGAAUUUGGACUUUGACAUCAUGUCCAAACAUGUCAGGUCACAAACAAGUUUACCUUGGGCGUGUUAUCCCCCCCCCCCUCCCACCGACGACAACAAUAACACACACACUCAGUGCUUCGACAUGUAAAAAGGUCACAGUCAGUCACAUAGAGAAGCCGUUCGGACCCCGAUGCUGUCGUCUGACUGUGCAGUAGUACCCAGUGUGUGUCUCUUAUUGCAUCAAGGCCUUUGACGAGUGGCUGUGUUGACUUUUCAUGCAAAACUUACGUGGUUAUUAUCGAUAUUCUUAACGGGCUAAAUAAAGGACGAGUUGCUUAUAUCGCGGUCGCUCGUCGACUCACGUUGGGAAAAAGUGCCAAGAGGGCAGCAUUUAAAAAAAAAUAAAUAAAUAAAAAAUGUGUAAACCUAUUGUUAUGAAAACCACUACUUGGAAAUCCUUUUUUUUUUAAGAAAAAAGAAAGAAAAAAGAAUGAAUCACUUGAAGCAUUGUGUAUUCUUAAGUUUUAGAGCUAGUUGAGAAGCUUAACGAUAGUUUCUGUUGUUUUUCCUGUAAGUCUGUGUACACGUAAAUAUGCGACUGCGGUGGUUUAAUAUUAUUACACUCACCUUAGGUGGAGAAAAUGUUUACAGAGGCAAUGUUUUUGUUACACUAAUGUCCAUCAUGGUAUUUAUGUUUUAACGCAUCUUUUGUUUCUGCUUUUCGAGCCCAUAUUUUUUUUGUUUUUUUGUUUUUUUGUUUUUUUUGGUCAUCUCCCUCCCCAACCCACCAACUAACCCACUUACAAAACAAUAAAGAACACGCGUGUUGUUCAUUUCAGGUAUUCACAUAGCGCUGCUUCGACAUGGAAACAUUGCAGUAACGUUCCCCGCAGGCUUGGACGUGAGGCGACGUGUUUUCCCUCUGCUGUUUCUGCCAUGCUACUCUAACUUAUGUCCUCUCUGUGUAUGACAGGAAGUUGUGUAUUUUCCUGAAUUUUUUUUUUUUUUUCUUUGAAUAAACUUUAAAAGUAAUUUUA